AUGAAAGUUGGGAUGGAUCGGAAAACAGGAUUUUAUCGGGGUCUAACGUCAUGGACAUCAGCUGAUGACCCUGGAAAUGGAGAAUUUUCAUCUAGGCUAAACCCAAGUGGCUCACCACAAUUCUUUCACUACAAGGGUACAAAGGCAUUCCUUAGAGCUCCCCCAUGGCCAUGGAGAGUCCGAGCCAGUUUAUUCAACAGAAGUUUUGUAAAUAAUGAAGACGAAAUAUACUGGGUCUACACUAUUCCUGAUGAUUCUCCCAUUAUAAUUAUGAUAAUGGAUCAUUUAGGAUUUUUAAAGCUGUUAACAUGGCACGAAAGAGAUGGACAAUGGAAGGAGUCUUGGAGAGCCCCUCAGUUUCGAUGUGAUAAUUAUGGACUGUGUGGUCCUACUAGUAUUUGUGAACCUACUAAUGCCAAUAGAUUUGAUUGUGCGUGUUUACCUGGGUUUGAGCCCAAGAAUCCAAGGGACUGGUCUCUGAGAGAUGGUUUAGGAGGUUGUGUUAGGAAACGGCUAGAGUCUUCUUCGGUGUGCCGACAUGGAGAAGGGUUUGUGAUGGUGGAAAAAGUAAUGCUUCCUGACGCUUCAACGGCACUUUGGAUGGAAAUGAGCAUGAGUCGUACAGACUGUGAACUGGAAUGCAUGAGGAAUUGUUCAUGCUCUGCUUAUGCAAGCAUUGAAAUUCCUGGGAAAGGGGAUGGAUGUUUGACUUGGUAUGGGGAAUUAAUAGACACGAAGUACGCUAUGAUUGAAAGAUAUGAUCUAUAUGUUCGUGUUGAUGCAUAUGAAUUAGCUGAAUAUACAAGGAAGUCAAACGGUUCUGGUAAAAAGAAGUGGAUGCUGGCCAUUUUGGCACCAUCUGUUGCAUCGCUAUGGUUUCUCAUUAGCCUAUUUGCUUUUUUGUGGCUCAGGAAGACGGCACAAAAAGAAUUUCGGGAGAAUCCUCACACGGCAGUUGAGGUUGAAGAAGGAUCAUGUUCUAUAAAUGAGUUGACAAUUUCUGCAAUUUUGAGUCGGUGA